AUGAGUAUUAUUAGUUGGAACUAUCGAGGUCUGGGUAACUUGAGAACAGUUCCAAAUUUAAAAUUCCUUGUUCGGAAUUAUAAUUCGGACAUUAUCUUUUUGUAUAAGACUUUGGUGAACUUGAAUAAAAUUGAAGAAUUGAGAGUUUUUCUUGGUUAUGAUUUCUGUUUUUCUACUAGUAGAGAAGGUCGAGGGGGAGGCAUAGCCAUGCUUUGUCACUCAUUUUUUCCUUGUGUUAUUAUUGGUUUUUUAACCAAUCAUAUUGAUGUUGAGGCGGAGGAAAAUAGUGUUGGGCGAUGGCGGUUAACGGGGUAUUACAACUAUCCUAAGAGUCGUCGUCGGAGAGAUGCUUGGAACAUGCUACGUAACCUUGCACAUGUUUCUAAUUUACCUUGGUGCAUAAUUGGGGAUUUUAAUGACAUCUUGUCUUCAAAUGAGAAGAAGGGCAGAGUGAAUCGAGAACAAUGGCUAAUAAAUGGAUUUCGACAAGCAGUGUCUGACUCUGAGUUGACUGAUGUGCAUAUGGAUGGCUAUCCAUUUACCUGGUUUAAGAUUCUGGGAACUGAACGAGCUGUGGAAGAACGAUUGGAUUGUGCUUUGGCUAAUUCUCUAUGGCAUCUAACUUUUCCCAAUGCAAACCUUGUCAAUCUAGGGGGAAGAAGACAAAUUCGAUCUAAUUCUCGUACUCUCAAGUUCAAAAAUGCAUGGUUACUGGAACCUGAAUUUGAUGAUUUUGUUCGACCACGGUGGCUUUCUAACUACCAUCCGGAUCUUCUUGCUAAACUAGAAAUUUGUGCACAUGAUAUGGCGGCUUGGGGUAGAAUCAAUUGUCUUAAACUUCGCCAAGAAAUCACACAAUGUAAGAAAGCAUUGGAAAGAGAGCGUGAGUUGGGCAGUGACGCAAAUGUGGAAAGAACACACAAUGUUCAUGCUCCUGUUUUGAAUGCCCUUUCACGUGUUAUUGAUCUGAAAGAUAAUGAUAAGUUGUUUGCUUCCUUUCUAAUAGAAGAAUUCAAAGAAGCUGUUUUUUCUAUGGAGGCAGAUCAGUGUCUGGGGCCUAAUGGUUUGAACCCAAGAUUUUAUCAUCAUUUCUGGUCUCUAUGUGGCAGUGAGAUUUUUCAACAAUGUUGUGACUGGCUCCUGACUGGGGUAUUUCCUAGUACACUAAAUGUAACCAAUAUAACUCUAAUCCCAAAAGGUGACGAACAGAAGACCAUGACAUAUUGGCGACCUAUAGCUCUUUUACCUAAUAGCUCCAUCCUUGAAAAUGCAAUGGAAGCCCUUGAAAUUGUUCAUUACAUGAAAAGUAAGACCCGUGGUAGAGUUGGUGACGUCACAUUGAAACUAGAUUUCAACAAAGCUUAUGAUCGCAUUGGUUGGGUUACCUUCAAGAGAUGUUUACUACUUUGGGUUUUGCAGAUCAAUGGGAAGGUCUACGAUAAGAGUGAACUUUUUUCUACUAACCUUGGUCAUAAUCCAAGCUAUGGUUGGAGGAGCAUUUGGAGUGCGAAACCGCUUCUGCAUGAGGGAUCUCGUUGGAGUAUUGGAAACAUGUCCAGUAUCUCUUUGUGGAAUAACAAUUGGUUAAGUGAUGGGUCUAACCUUGUUAAACCAUCACGAGUGCUUGAUCAACACGCAAAUGCUUGUGUUGAUAGUUUUCUUAUGCCUUGGCAAAAAGAAUGGAAUAGUUCCCUUGUUACAACAAUGUUUGAUCCUAGCACCGUUCAAAAGAUUCUCAAAACACCUCUUCUUGACUCACUGAGAGAGAAUACUAGGGUUUGGAAAAUCGAUUCUAGUGGUAUGUAUACUGUCUGA